GAUUGACGAUAUUCAAGAUAAUUCCAUUUUGCGAAGAGGCAUUCCUGUUGCACAUUCAGUUUAUGGAAUUGCUAGUUCAUUGAGUGCUGCAAAUUAUGUGUUAUUUAUUGCGUUGGAAAGAGUCAUUAAUUUACAACAUCCAGGGGCAACGACAGUGUAUAUGGAACAACUACUGGAGCUUCACAGAGGUCAAGGAAUGGAUAUUUUUUGGAGAGAUAAUUUCAUCUGUCCAAGUGAGGAAGAUUACAAAACCAUGACAAUAAGAAAGACCGGAGGACUCUUCAACUUGGCUGUAAGAUUGAUGAAACUGUUCUCAACUUGUGAAGAAGACUUUUCAUCAUUAAUAGCUACCUUAGGAUUGUACUUUCAAAUACGUGAUGAUUAUUGUAACUUGUGCCUCGGUGAGUACACUGAAAAUAAAAGUUAUUGUGAAGAUUUAACUGAGGGGAAAUUCAGCUUUCCGAUUAUUCAUGCGCUUACGAGCAAUCCUGACGAUAGACAAAUCAUAAAUAUUUUACGACAACGGACAAAGGAUAUCGAAGUGAAACGUCAUUGCAUUAAAUUAUUGGAGAGAUUCGGUUCUUUUAAAUACACAAGAAACGUGCUUGAGGAACUGGAUUCGACCGCGAGGGCUGAAAUUGAACGUUUAGGUGGUAACCCGCUUUUAGUGAAGAUUCUGGACGAGCUUAAGAAUUGGGAUACUAAAGAAGCGCCUAAGGAUCUUUUAACUGGAACGUUUUAAAUAUACGAUUGUUUAGGUUUUAUUUAAAAAAAAAACAGCGAAAGCGUAAUAUCAAAUGUAUACAUGCUUUUUUUUAUAAUAUAUUAUACAAGAUAGUAUUAUAUUAAUGAUACAGCAGCCAAGGAAUGAUCAUAUAGAAAAGGUAAUAGAAAAAUGUAUCAAAAAUAUGUAAUAAAA